CUUCAAGAAUCCAAAUCCAAAACAACCAUUAUCAAGUUGAUUUCUGCAGCCGGUACUGGCUUUACAAGAUACGUUGUUAGACCCAGAGGUUCUCCAGUCUUUCACCAAAUAAGAUACGAUCCUUUUGUUAGAAGACAUGUAUUGUUUACUGAAGCCAAGAGGAGAAAGGGUGUUGAAACUGUUACUUUGGACUUCAAAAGAAGACCCACCAUUUUCAACUGA